AUGAGGGUGGCCAAUUUGUGUUUGAUUGCAUCGCAUGUAUUGUUGACUCCAGUAUUGGGAUUUACUGAUACUUCACCGUUUUAUUCAUCAAAACAAUUAGAUGGGAAAUUUCCAUAUAUAACUGAAUCUGGCCAAUUAUUGGAAACAAUAGGAUCAUUGACGGAUGAUAUCUGCAAGAAUGAUAAUAAAUUGGUUAUUUACAGAGUCAGUAAUCUAGUUCAUGGUACUAAACCAUCAGAGGGUACUUAUAUUAAGCAUGUCCAUUACGGUUCGGUCGAAGAGCUUGACUUUCCACAUGGAUCGUCUUGUGACGGAGACAGAGUUGAAUAUAUGACCAACAAACAACCCAACGACACAAAAAACAUUGCAAUUGCCGUUGUGGAUAUUGAAGAUGACAAAGAGCAUACUAUUGAUGAGUUUUUGGCUCCUGAAGGAGGGAUGGUUAUCGUCCAAGGAAAACCAUCAUUUCAUAAGCCAGAAUCCAAGAUGGACGGCUUGAAACAUUACAUCGAAGACAAAGUAUACGAUAACUUAAAAAUGGAGGUUGAUUUCGACAAUGUCUUACAUAAAAGGGCUAAAGGCUCGGACGAAGCCAACGAUGAUGACGAUAAGUUCAAUCAGAUAAUGGCUGAAGUAGAAAACGACUUCAAAGCAGCUGAAUCGUUCAUUUCAAAAGAAGGCGGAGACAUGAUGAUGACCAUUUUGGAUUCGUCCAAGACUGCUAUGGCUCAAGCCGAUGAUAAACCUCCUAAGGUAAAAAACCCGAAUCUUUUCACAAACUACAGUUUCUUCACACCAGGAAUUUGGAUGUGUUUGGUUAUUUCGGGCUUCCUUGUUUCAAUAUUAUACAUCACAAUGUCAUGGAUGACCUCUCUAGAAAUCUCCUACAAGGCUUUUGAUAAACAAGUUGACUUCGAGAAGAAAACGGAAUGA